UCUCUCUUCCCCCGCUCUGUUUCUCUCUAUCUCUUCCGCUCUCUCUCUCUCUCUCUCUCUCUCGCUUUCUUUGUCUCUUCGCUCUCUCUCUUUCCAUUAUCUUCCUUGUUCAAAGAAAGAUCCGCCUUCCUUUCCUUCUGUGCAAUAUCGUAAGGUCUUCAGAUGGAGAAAGAAGCAAGGGGCAACCUUCGACCCCUAAGAGGAGCUCCGGAGGCGGACUUCCUCUUGCAGUGGGGGAAUCGGAAGCGGCCUCGUUGCGUCAAGGUUAGAUCAGCCACCGGCGGGACUCUACCGGGCCGAUCGGAGGGCCAGCGAAGGGCGACGGCGAGGGUCAGUCGACGGGUCAUCAGAUCCGACAAGGAUCUUCCUUCUCCUCCAACUCCAGCCCUAAGGAGGUCGGAGUCAGCCGGGAGCGAGAACGCGAAGCCCAGGUCAGAUUCGGCUUCUCCCGAUAAAGAGGAUCGGUUUUAUCCUACAAGAGGCUCAGUGGCCGCCGCCGGCGAUGAGAACGGCAUCGGAGGAUGUGGAGGAGUAGGAGGGGAGGAUAGAGUGGGCGCGGCGGCCACAGUGAUGCCUAGAUUCUUCAUCUCACUUUCAAACAAAGAAAAGGAAGAGGAUUUCCUGGCGAUGAAGGGCUGCAAGUUGCCGCAACGGCCGAAGAAGCGGUCGAAGAUUCUGCAGAAAAGCUUGCUUUUGGUGAGCCCUGGAGCAUGGCUGACGGAUUUAUCAUACGAGAGAUAUGAGGUCAGGGAAAAGAGAAGUUCGAGAAAGAGGAGGAGAGGGCUGAAGGCUAUGUGCCUGGAAAGCGAUUCAGAAUGAGUAGGAAAUAGAAUGAAAAAUUGGAAAUUUGAAUGAAAUAUGGUGUAUUUUUUGUUGGAGGGGAUGAGUUUUGAUGAUCUGUUCUGUAAAAUUACUUUCUUUUGUUUUAAUUGAUAUAGUUCUUACUCAGAUCUGGAAGGAUUUUUUUUUUCCUGCUAUGCUGAGGAUUAGAACUCUGGUGAGGAUUCUUCUUC